GGAGAAAAGGGAAAGGGGGACAGACAGAGAGAGGAGCGACGGUAAGACGGUCUGAGCCUCGCUUGGCAUCCAUGUUCGGAGCCAGCACAGCCAAAAGCCAGCAGCCAGUCUUUGCGGCAAUCGAAUCGGCUGUCGCAGUGUCAUCUUCUCUCGGGUGCGAGUAGUGAGGGCAGCGCUCAUUUGCCUCCACUUCCCUCGCUUCCUUCGCUCUCGCUCCCUCCCUCCUUCCGCUACUCUGUCUCUGCGCGCUCUGCUCCCGUCUGUCUGUCUGUCUGUCGCUCGAGCCCCGAAUCUCGUUCCCCUCCCCUCCCCUGCUCUCUCCCCGGCUCCACCUCCUCUCCUCGGCACAUCGCAGCUCCUCCCCCCUUCCUUCCUUUAUCUCGUCGAUGCCCUGCGCUUGAAAGCUUUGAAGUCUCUCCCGUCUGUGAUCUCCCCGGUUCCUCUGUCACCGCCCCCUCUCUCCUCCUCCUCCUCUUCCUCCUCCUCCUCCUCUCCUCCUUCCUCUUGUCUCGUCGAGCUUUUUUCUCGUGCAAGGGUCUCUCUCUCCUCGUGCAGCCAGCCAGCCAGCCAGCCUCCCACCAGCGCUCGACUCCAGAGUCCUCUUACAGCGCUUCUCCGUCUUCCAACCUCGAUACACUCUAGUUCUGGAGCGCCGUGGCGCAUUAAGCCGACUUUCAUCUCUGCGUCCCGGCGGGCCUGUUUUGCCUUGAGAGAGUUUUUAGAUACCAGUCAGUGGCAAAUUUAGGAUUCGUUUUCUCGAUACGAAAGCAAGCAAGCAAGCAAGCUGGAGGGUUGUUCAUCGCCUCGCGCGGCGGGCGGAGAAUUCUAGAUUAGCCGUAGAGGGAACGUGGAAGGAUAUCGCCCGUGCGAGCGAAGCGAACCCCGAAGGCUGUGCGGACCGACGACGACGACGACGACGACGUCGUUCGACAUUGGACAGACAGGGCCCGUCGACAGCCGCGUCGCCGGAGUGUGUGCGAGUGCGAGUGCAAGUUUUGACAGUAUCGGCUCGAGAGUCAUGGUAAUUUUGUAGCGAAGAAUCAUCGAAUGAUUUCGACGGUGGCGAGCGCGAGGUCGACUCGACGGGAGAGAUCUCCAACACAGGGCUUAUGUAUGGUGUGGGCAAGCGCGGACCCACGGAAGACGAGGGCGUGAGUGAAGUAACGAUUUAGGUUCGGUCUCGAGAGAGGGCGCAGCAGAUACCUGGGGUUUUUGUUUGAAGAUAAGCAUCAACAUUUGCAGGCUGGCGCCCUCUAUGUGUAGGCAGAAAGUUUAACUUUUAAAUGAAUAUUAUAUCAACCGAAGUCUGCAAGUGCUCAGCGUUUUCGGGGCUGAUAUUCGCUCUGCAAAAUCGUAGGAAUAGUUGUAGCGCCUCAGCCUCCUCGACAGGAAGCGGAAGCUCGAGCAGCUCGUCGCCCAUCGAGGAACUCCUUCUCAUUCUGGUCGAGCGAUACUUCACUCAGUACCACUGGCGAGCUCGUAUUCUUUCUGGACGUUCGGGGGAGAAUUUGGGGGGACGACGGGCGAUCAGAAGUGGGCAGCAGCUCCCCCCAAUCUUCCCCUUCCUUUUGACGAGCAAAGAGGAUUUUUGGACCGAAGAGCGAAGGGGGGAACCGAUACCAAAAAGCGUCCCGGGGGGGAGAAAAAAAGUGGAGGCGGGGGACUGAAGCCAGCAUCUGCCGAGAAGAAGCAAUCCGUGGUGGAUCAGAAGUCGGGGUCAAUGACGGGUGUGUUCAAUGGGAACACUCCUUUUCAGCUAACCAGUAGCCAUGACAAGCGCUUCAAGUCUCUUCCCCCGGCCGAAAUGCUCCCGCGGCACGAGACCCUCGGCGGAUACAUAUUUGUGUGCAACAAUGACACCAUGCAAGAAGACCUCAAGCGCCAACUCUUCGGCCUUCCUCAGAGAUAUCGGGAUUCCGUGCGCGCAAUUCAGCCGGGCCUGCCAUUGUUCUUGUAUAACUACACAACCCACCAGCUUCAUGGAAUUUUUGAGGCUGCCAGUUUUGGAGGUUCGAAUAUAGAUCCGACUGCCUGGGAAGAUAAGAAAUGCCGGGGCGAGUCAAGAUUUCCUGCUCAGGUUCGCAUCCGGGUGAGGAGACUCUGCAAACCAUUACAGGAAGAAGCGUUUCGGCCCAUUCUGCAUCACUACGAUGGGCCGAAGUUUCGCCUGCAGCUCUCUGUACCGGAGACAUUACAGCUGCUGGACUUGUUCAACGCCAUAGGCCCGCCAUGAAACGAUGCGCCGGCUGUUCCGAGUUUCGACCUGUGUAAAAGUUUGUGGGUUCUUCGAGGAUGGAUCUUCGAGUCUGUCAACUCUACUGUAUUUGGUAUGAUCGGUUUUUCAUACGCGGCUGCUCAACCAUCAAUUUCCGCCGAAAUGCUGGGGUCAGCUGAGUUCGAUAUUAGAGAUAUAUAAAAUUUGUGAGGAAACAAUAGUGAUGGAUAAGAGAGUGUACUUACACAGCCAUCAGCAAUCCCGAACAUAAUCCUUAUGUCUGUUAGAGAGCCGUGCAGAAAAGAGCGAUGGCUCUCUGUAGUUGUAGGUCCAAUGGCUGUGUUCUCUCAUGUCGUUCUAGCAACAGAAAAUCAAGGCUUCGUUUAUGAGGGAAUUCAGCAGGCUAGUCUGCUUAACUCAGCCUGAUUGAAGCAUUUUGAGUAGACAGGCAUUUUUUCACCAAUAGGUCCGUUUGUAUAAAAUGUCUACUAGUUGACGAAGUAGCUCGGAAGAGCACACGAAGAGUAGUUUUGACGAACGUGGUUUUGCGCCUGCGCAAGCUUUUUCAACCCAACCUUCAAGUUUGAAAAGAAAAGAUCAAGUGUCUGUGGAUAUGUGUAUCCAAGGGGGUCCCCCUUCAAAGGAGAGGGAUGCUUUGACGCCAUGGCGUCUUGUGAAUAAUAAAGACAAGCUUAUCAUUCUGGUUUGCUAU